AACAGAUUUUAUAGUGAUGGGCGACAUACAGAGGCAUGUGAUCGGUGUGGUGGAUUGGGCCGGUGGAUCAUUGCCUCUCUACACGCAGGCCACGGCCAACACUAGACUGGUAGGAUUAGAGAUAGCUUAUCUGAUCAAGAAAUUGACGGAAUACAAAGGACACAGGGCGGAGGACGUUCAUCUCAUAGGACACUCGUUGGGAGCUCAUACCGCAGGGUACGCCGCCGAGAGGACGCCGGGUUUGGGCCGUAUUACAGGGUUAGAUCCAGCUGAACCGUAUUUCCAGGGGAUGGACCCAGUUGUAAGGCUGGACCCGUCGGAUGCCGCUCUGGUAGACGUUAUCCACACGGACGGUCGGAGUGUGUUCCGGUUGGAGAUUCCCGGCUAUGGUAUGUCCCACGCUUGCGGGCAUUUGGACUUCUAUCCAAAUAAUUGCAAAGAACAGCCCGGUUGUGCCCUCUCGCAGGAGGGGGCUGCCACCAUUCCUCUGACGCUCAUUAAAGAUGGAAUCGAGGAAGCAUCCCGAGUUCUGUUAGCUUGCAACCACAUUAGAGCCAUUAAGUUAUUUAUCGAUAGUAUUAACGGAAAAUGUCCGUAUGUAGGUAAGUAG